AAAAGUUUAAACUCGAUGAUUGAGUUCCAUCUGAAUUACUAAUUCACUUCAAUCCGGUUUAAAUUUUGGAUAUAAUAAUCCCCAAAUCAUGACUACUCCUAUGCCGGAGACAAACUGAUCGCACCUCUAACGCAACACCGGGCUGUUUAAGAUCCAUCUACUGUCAAUUUGAUAGAAGAAGAGAGAAAAAGAACUUUCCAAGAUGGGAGAAGUAGAAGACACCACAAAUCCUUCAUCAAUUUCAAAGAAGAAGGUAAAAAGAUUCUGGGAAUGGGCAAUUGCAGCAAUCAUUUUCAGACUAAUUCUCAUCUUCUUCUUCCCACACAACCUCUCUCAAUUAGCUUCUCGUCCUGAACUUUCCACGCCACUUACCUCUCUUCGCCGCCUGGCUGAAGGUUAUUGGUUGAAGAACCAAGCUUUAAUCUCUCCUUAUGCUGGAUCUAUGUACCAUGGGUCUCCAUUACUGCUCUCAGUGCUUGGUCCUUUAACUGUUAGAAAAAUUGAUGGGCAAUCAAGCCACAUUUUGUGCAGUUUGCUAUUUGUGAUUGCAGAUUUUAUUGCUGCAUUGCUUCUCCGAGCAACUGGUCAAAAGCUUCAAUCAGUAUAUCUUCGGAGUUUGAAAUCACUAGGCCUUGAUAAAAUAUUGGAAGUCUCAGAAAUUUAUGCUUCCGGGGACAUUUCAGCUCUUUUUUACCUGUGGAAUCCUUUGACAAUUCUUACAUGUGUGGGAUCAUCGACAUCUCCCCUUGAAAACUUUCUCGUGGUUUUGUCUAUUUAUGGAGCAUGUACUCGAUUAAUACCUCUAGCGGCUGUUGGAUGGGUAUUGGCAACUCAUGUAUCACUGUAUCCAGCAGUUCUGGUUAUACCGGUGAUCCUCUUGCUCGGCUAUGGUCCAGAUGCACCUCCUAAGAAAUUGUUCUUGCAAAAGAAUUCCAGAGAGACUGCAAAGAGUUCAAGUGACAGUAGCUUGCAACAUGUGAAACCAAACACUGAUUUAGCAUCACCUUCUUUUUUGUGGAGACCAGUUAUCUUGUUCCUUUUAUGGGCAUCAGCUUGGUCAAUAUAUAUUAUGGUCCUGUGUGGAAUCUCUGUUAGACAGUAUGGUGGUUUGCAAGAGAUGUUAAAAAGGACCUAUGGGUUCAUUCUGAGAGUGGAGGACUUGUCUCCCAAUAUAGGUGUUUUAUGGUACUUCUUUGCAGAAGUUUUUGAUUUUUUCAGAAACUUUUUCCUGCUAGUAAUCCACAUAAACAUUCUCUUCAUGAUAUUGCCAUUGGCCAUACGGCUGAAACAUAGGCCUUGUUUCUUGGCUUUUGUCUAUGUUGCGAUCUGUUCAAUGCUGAAGACUUACCCUUCUGUUGCAGAUUCCGCUCUGUGCCUAGGUCUGCUUGGCUUGUUUAUAAACGAAUUAGCGGAUAUGCAUUUCUCUUUUGUCCUCUUCUGUGGGUAUGUUGGCGUUAAUCUCCUAAGUCCUGUUAUGCACAACCUGUGGAUAUGGAGGGGUACUGGAAAUGCAAACUUUUACUAUGCUACUGCUAUAGCUUAUGCGGCGCUCCAGAUCAUCUUGGUAGUUGACAGUACAAGUGCAAUGCUUAACCACGACAGAUGGUUGAGGAAGUUGAUUACUACGGUGACUUGAGUUGCAGUCAUAUCAUACAGCUCCUAGUCUGUCCAACUUUGACAAUUGUCAGCAUAUAAAUGGUUCAUUUAUGUUGGUGCUUUAAAGUUAGGUGCUGUGCAAUAUUCACCAGUGACAUUCGUCGUCUUUCAUCAUCCAGUGAAGGUCCCAAAAGAAACAUGUGGCUAAUGUAGCUCAUCUGGUAGUCAUCCCCACGGAGGAAUCUUUGUUGUAACAUAGUGGAUUGAAGUAUUUUUGGCAUCAGAGAAGCAGUAGUUUUCCAUACUGGUUAGAUAUUUAGAUGGUUGAGCCUUGUUAUUGACCAAAAUCAGUUAAUAGAAGAAUUUUUAGCAUCAGGGUUUGCAAUGUAUUGAUUCAGUGAGAACAGUUGGAUUUUACUGAACAGAUUUACAGAUUACACUUUAUUUCCUUAAGUUAAA